AUGGAAAUCUACUCUGUGUCAUCAAAAUGUGACUCACUGGUGUCGUACGAGUGUGCCAACGGGGUGUGCAUCCCGUGGGUCAGGUUCAAUGACACGGUCAACGAUUGUGGCGAUAACUCGGACGAAGUUGCUGAACCCUGCAAAGCUCCCGCCUUCACGUGCGACACGGGCCAGUGUAUCAAUGUGGAAUGGUACCUUGACGGAGACAACGAUUGCGGAGAUGGUAGUGAUGAACAAAAGAUCAUCACUACCGACUGUUCCAUGGUGAAGACGUGUUGUGGAUGCUCCAUCUAUGUCCCCGACUCCGAGUGCAGGUCAGACACGUGCCAAUGCGUCUCUGGCUUCUACGACAAUGCGCUGCUGACCAACUGUACACGGCGUGUCCUUGGCGACAGCUGUUCCGUCGAUGCCGAUUGUUUCGAUGCGUUCUCGAACAGUAACUGCUCCCAGGGAUACUGCGCAUGUAACUCGGGCUACUACACGAACGCCAAUAGAACAGGCUGUGUCAGAAGACUAAUAGGUGACGCCACCUGUAGUGUUGAUACUGACUGCAGCGACGCCGUAACCAAUAGUAAUUGCACAGGAGGGGCGUGUCUCUGCAACACGGGGUACUAUGUUAGUGCUGAUAAGACACAGUGUGUAAAAAGACUAAUCGGCGACGCCACGUGUACAUUAGAUUCUGAUUGUUCCGACGCAGUCUUCAACAGUAACUGUACAUCAGGCACGUGCCUCUGUAACACCGGCUUCAAUGUGAACGGAAAUGGGACGCAGUGCAUACUGCGCACAAUUGGAGACGCCACCUGUACCGUUGAUACGGAUUGUAGCGAUGCAGUCGCAAACAGUAACUGUACAUCCGGGACUUGUCUCUGCAACACUGGGUUUUUCGUCCAGAAUGGCGGCACCCAGUGCAUUUUGCGACAAAUAGGUGACGCUACGUGCAUUCUUGAUUCCGAUUGUUAUGAUGCCGUUGCCAAUAGUAACUGCACUUCCGGAACAUGUUUAUGUAAUUCCGGUUAUUUUGUUGGAAACAACAACACUGGAUGCGACUUACGAAGUAUAGGGGAUGCGACGUGCAUUGUUGACACUGAUUGCAGCGACGCCGUCUCGAACAGUAACUGCACAGGGGGCGUUUGUCAAUGUAACACCGGGUACCAGGAUGCCAGCAACGGCACUUUUUGCUAUCGACGGACGAUAGGUGACGCCACCUGUUCCUUGGAUACUGAUUGUUCUGAUGCUGUCGCCAAUAGUAACUGUAGUCAAGGAAUCUGCAAAUGCAACACGGGUUUCAAUGUGAAUGCCAACAAUACCAUGUGUACUCUGAGAAAAAUAUCAGAUGCGACGUGUACCAUAGAUACCGAUUGCUCAGACGCUGUUACUAAUAGUAAUUGCACAAACGGCAUAUGUUUAUGUAACACUGGAUUCAACGUUGCUAAUGGUAACAGCAGCUGCAUUUUACGAAAGAUAGGUGACGCCACUUGUAAUCUUGAUUCGGACUGUAGUGACGCUGUACUCAACAGCAACUGUACUCAAAACGUAUGCAUGUGUAACACAGGGUUUCAAGUAUCAGUUGGCAACGACACGUGUGCUAAACGAAAAAUUGCUGACGCCACGUGUACUUUAGACACAGACUGUAGUGAUGCAGUUGCCAAUAGUAACUGCACCAAUGGUGUUUGUCUCUGUGAUAGCGGUUAUCAAGUCUACGGUAACAAUACUCUUUGUACCAUGAGGAAGAUCAACGACGCAACGUGUAGUUUGGAUUCGGACUGUUCAGACGCUGUUACUUAUAGUAACUGCACCAACGGAACGUGCAUGUGUGACAGUGGUUACCAUGUCAACGCUGGACAGGACACGUGUACAAAACGGUUGAUUAGCAACCAGCCCUGUUCCUUGGAUACGGAUUGCAGUGAUGCGGUUGCCAAUAGCAAUUGCACACAAAAUGUCUGCAUGUGCAACACAGGUUACCAGGUCAGUGCCGAUAACACCACAUGCAGUCGAAGACAGGUCGGAGAUGCCAGCUGUUCAAUCGAUACAGAUUGUAGUGAUGCCGUUCCCCAUAGCAACUGUACAAAUAACAUGUGUGCCUGCAAUACGGGUUACCAUGUGAAUUUGAACAGUACCGCUUGUGUGUUAAGACAAAUAGGUGAUGCUACAUGUGGUUUGGACAGUGACUGUUUCGAUGCUGUCGCCCAUAGCAACUGUACGAACGGAGCAUGCGCGUGCAAUAGCGGCUACCAAGUUAAUACUGGAAAUGACACAUGUGUCAUCAGAAAGAUCGGCGAUGCAACAUGUUCCGUUGACACUGACUGUUCAGACGCUGUUACCAAUGGCAACUGUACCAACAAUGUAUGCAUGUGUAACAGCGGUUACCAAGUCGACCUAGCUAACACAAGUUGUGUCUUGAGAAAAAUCAGCGACGCUACUUGUAACCUUGAUUCUGAUUGUUCCGAUGCCGUCUCCAAUAGCAACUGCACAGGCGGAACCUGCCUCUGCAACACCGGAUAUUACGUCAGCGCCGACAACACCACGUGCACGUUGAGAAAAAUAGGAGAUGCCACGUGUUCACUUGACACAGACUGCAGGGAUGCCGUAACCAAUAGCAACUGCACAAACAACAUCUGCCAGUGUAACAGUGGGUUCCAGGAGAAGGGUAACAGCACAGCCUGCCUGAAACGUAAGUUUGUAUGUAAACAUGUGACGUCAUACGCACUUCUGCACUCCACUAAGUUACAAGCAAAUGAGCUGCGCUACCAAAAAGGAAUGGAACAAACCUGCGUUAUCAAAUGCUGUCUACUUUUUUCGGGGCAUCAUGUGGUGCACCGACUAAAACGCUAUUGCAUCGGAGCAAAACUCCACCAUCACAUAUCACAUAUGUACAGAACAAAGAUUCGUUUUAAGAUAUUACAACUAACGCAAUCUACAGGAAUCAUUGGUGACGCUUGCCUGCUGAAUACUGACUGCGCAGACGCGGUAGGAAACAGCAUGUGUUACCAAGGCAACUGCACAUGUGAAAAUGGAUUCUUGGUAAGGAACAAUGGUACAUUCUGCAAAAAACAAAUCGUUGACAAGUGGGCCCCGACCCAUUUUGGACUGCUUUCUUUGCUUUAUGCAUCAGUAAGUACCGUUCAAAUGACCUCUCUCAUUUCGGCCUUCCCGCAAUUACCGGAAAACCUGCUCAGAACGAUUAUCACAAAGUUGUUUAAAGACAUUGUUUCGUUAGGUAUCAUUGGCGACCAGUGUGAAGUUGAUGUGGAUUGCUCUGCAGCAGUUGGGUCCAGCUAUUGCCCGAAGGGUAUCUGCCAAUGCGAGAGUGGCCAUUAUGCGAAGGACAGCGGGACGACCUGCAAGAAACGUCUGAUCGGAGAUGCCUGCCUCACACAUGAAGACUGCUCCACCGUCAUCAACAACAGUACCUGUGGUGACUUCUAUAAUUGUACCUGCGUUAGAGGAUAUUACCCCUCGGACGAGUUGACUGGCUGCCUAGAAGGUAAGAACGUGAAUCGACAAAUGGUUUCAAAGAACUACCAAGAACAGGUCAGUCUAUACGAAGGCCGGUGA